CACAUUUCCAGUAGGAGGCACAAAGACCGAGUGGCCGGGAAACCCUUGAAGCCCAAAUACAGUCCUUACAGCAAGCAGCAACACAGCACCGCCACCACCACCCUAGCAGCUAAAGUGGCAUUCCAGAAUGACCUGGUGAAGCCCCUGUCUCAGGCUUUCCUCUCCAGCCCGUUCAUCCCCACCACAAUACCGUCCAUCUCCCUCAACCCGCGGCCCAACACCUCCAUCUUCCAGACAGCCGCCCUCCCGACCUCUUUCCUGCGAGCGGCUCCUGGCCCUAUUCGGCCAACGGGAGGGUCCAUCCUCUUCGCCCCCUAUUGA